GGUUGCUAUGCAUCUCACUUCCUGUUUUCCAUGGUGACUGGUGAAUGCCUGGUGCUGGGAUUCUCGUAACCUAGUUUCCUUGCAUGUGAGAGCUGUUUACAUUUCUUUGUGUUUAAUCUCUCUGUUUCUGUACUAGCCUCACAUUAAACUCAAUGUGUGCGUGUGCGUGCGUUUGUGUGCGUGUGUUUGCGUGUGUGUGUGUGUGUGUGUGUGUGUGUGUGUGUUUCUAAUAACAAUGCAAAUGCAGCAGAGAGCUGGUCUUGAUAACUUUUCAGCACAGAAACAUGAUUUUAUUUUUAACCUUCAGAUGUCCACCAAGCAGCCCUGGGCUAGAAAAGCUUAAAAAAAUAAAAUAAAAAGUCCAGAGAUGCAAUAUUAAGUAGAAAUUAUUUAGAAAGAAUAAUUUCUAAAGUGAUCAUGAAAUUACUUUUUAAAAAACAUUUAGAAAUUUUCAAUUGUGCUUUUGAUGUAUUUAUAAGAAUACUUAUUAAAAAAUACAUCUUUUUGAUGCAUGUCUCUUCCAGCAGAGUAUUUUCAGCCAGAUUUCUUCCACAUUGCUUACUACUGUUUUUUAAGUAAAUGGCACUCUUAUUAAAAGAGAAAUCUGAGGAGUGGCCUUUUAAAAAAAAAGAUAGAUCUUAGAGAUGGGAAAGCUCUUGAUCAAACCCGUUUGCAGUUUUAUUUGUACUUGAGUUUACUUAAAAUUUUUUUUACUUGUGCCUCAUAUUUCAGUCUCAGAAUAUAUUUUAUAGGAAAAAUGGGGGCAUUGGUAAUUUUUAAAAUUCAACUUCUUUCUAGUUUUUCCCUUUCUAAAAUUUAUAAUAAAACAUACCUGACUUUUAUUUUUCUAUAAUGCCCUGUUUUAGAAAUGUAAAGCAAUUAUAGUUUGCAAGAAGGAGCCUUCAUUUAUAAUAACAAUUGAUUUUGGCCCAUAUUGAAGCCUUUCCCAUGUGCCUUUUUUUGUUCUGUUCCGAUAUUUUUCUGUACAGUAAUUAAAUUUGUGGUUUUGUUCUGAACUAAAAAACAGUGUAAUUUCACAACACUGAAUGGUGAACAUUGGGAUUUUCCCAAAGUCCUUUGACUUUUUUUAUGCAAACAAGGCUGGCUGUGGAAUAGGACAAGCGAUUAGGAAGGUGCAUUUGGUGUGCCCUCUGCAGUGGGCAGCAUGCUGGCUCGCUCGCACGUGUGGCUGAUGGUGGCUGGCUUUUAGCUGCACUGGCUGAGCAGUUGGAAGACUAAGAUAACUUUAUAGAUCCUGCUUUUUAACCAAAGGUGCAAUACUCUCUAUAUGAAUGUAACUACCCCAGUUUUUGCUCAAGUUCUGACUCUGUUUCUAGUUUCUCUGAGCUAAUGAAUUAAUGAUGUACAAAGAAGUUUACAGAUAACAAUGUUGUUUCCAUCUGUGAUGAUAUGAAUUGCUCUAUUUCUGCACUGUCUAUGUGAUUUCUAUGGCCUCACCAGGGCACACAGCCCUAGACAGAAAGCCCAAUAAGUAAUGAGUAAAGCUCUACUGUUCAGAAGCGAUUCCCAUGGGAUGUAGGAAGCACUCUUUUUCUCACUUAGUGAAUUUUAGAGUUUUCUUCCAUAGAAACAAUUUCUCUAUUGCUUUAUACAUGUGCAUAUGUAAAAAUACACAGCUGUAUUUGCCUUUGUUUCUUAAAAAAAUUACUACUGAUAAAAAAGAAAUAGUCCCCUGACUUUCUGCUCUGGCCUACUCCCUUUUGGGGCAGGCACAAGGAAGAGACAGAGACAGAAGCAGUAGGAUAGCAACUGGCUCAGCAUUUAAGCUCCAAGAACCACCUCCAUCUUCUUGUAGUUUCUUCUCUUCUUUCUUCCCAUAUUAUUCUUGGAAAAAUAGAGUCCUUUGUUUUUCUAUCGGCUAACACCAACUGAGUGUUCCAGGCAUGGUGCUCACUGUGAUGUGCAGUUAACAGCCAGGCCCCUAUUCAGGGAGCUUGCCGUGUAAAUGGGAAUGUAAACUAGAGAAGCAAUUUGGGUAAGUGUUAGCAGGAGCAGCCAAAAUCAAAUGUGGUGGGGGGCAUCCCAGGGAUGAACUUCACGGAGAUGUACUCUUAAGUUUGGGACUUUGAUGAUGAAAGGCAUCCCAAUGCAUAUUCCUUCAUUUAAGCUCACUGUGGAGUGAUUUACAGUAUUCUGCUUUUGGGGCAUAAUAUUGAGGAACCUGUGGCUGAGAGAGAGUGUAAUCAGCGGGUCACCAAGCCUUCCUAGUAAGUGGUAAGGUCAGAAUUUGAACUCAGAUCUCUUUGCAUUCUAAAUGAAUUGUUCCUUUAGAUAAAAUUUUAUCUAGCACAAGUGGGAGAAUGUUUUCAAGCAGAGGGCUUCACGCCAGCACACUGUACCUACCUAAUCUGUCACCCCUCACAAGUCUUUGGUGCUGGGCAUUCAUCCUUUGCUACCAGCCCUUCACUUAGCAUCCACAUUUUAACUUUGAGCCCUUGGACAAAAUGUGGACUUAGUUUGGGUUGGCGCUGCGAGGGUCAUGAGUAACUGAGGGGAUGACGUGGUCCUGGAGACAGAGCUGCUCAUCACCAGGACAGUCACAGAGAGUAAGGCUGGCUGUCCCCUGCUUGCAGGAGAUGGUGCUGCUUUCACUCCCUCCAUGAACAUUUAUCCCAAAGGCCAUGUACUUAACCUUCCUAACCAGCCACUACCAGGAUAUGGACUCAACUCUGUUGGUGUCCCAGCUCCAUCCAAACCCCCUUGUUCAGCUCUGGAGUCUAAUAGCACGUUUUUGAGGAGGCUGGGACAAGCAUCUGUACUGAGGUCAUCAUGGGGUCAGGCUGAUAGCCAUGGUCUUCUUGGCCCCCCACACUAGCUGCUGAGAAAAAUUCGCUACAGAAAAUUGAGACAAAAGACAACAAGGAUAACUUCUGGGUAGUGGCGAGUAAGGAGCAGUAGCAGGAAGUAUCCAAGCAUAAAAGACACUGUGCUUUGCCUGGGAAGAUGUAAGAAGGCUUCCUGGAGCAGGUGGCUGACCAUCCCAGGAACUGUCCUUGUGGGCAUUGCCCUAGCCAGGCUGGUCACCACUUCACACAUCAGACGGUGAAGACCAAGGGCAAGCUUGAAUUUGUCUUUUCCUUUGUGGAGUUGGAAAAGCGGCUUACCCACACUGGAGGCCUUGUGUCUUCCUUGGGAGCCUUCUUGCCUAUAAGCUUCUUUUUACUUCCUGGGGAAGGAUGUGGUGAAGUUCUUCAGGCUUGUGUUUUCCAGCCUUUUUAAAGCAGCCAAAUUCAUGUUUCUAAUUGAAGCUCACCCUCUCAAAUCCUUAGUAAUGGCGCCUUAGGCUACUCCAUUGAAUCAGGUUUAAAAAACCACCUGUUUUAGGCAGAAGGAAAGGAGGUGUCUGCCUCUUACGCUGUCCCUUCCAGCCUCUACAGACAGCUCCUGUGUCCCAUUUAAAGCCUGUGUUUCUAAGUUCUGUAGUUUAUAAGUUCUGCCGUGUUCUUUGGAAGAAAACAGACUCAUAUUGAUAAAUGAGUCAUCCUAGCUACCAAAGUUACUCUCCUGAGAAUCUGUUAGAAUAAAUUCUAAAGGUCAGCAUUAUGCUACUGCUAAUUGGCAGUUGUUCUCUGUGUGUUUGUGUGUGGACUAGAUUACCCUCAAAGUGUGUAGACUUAAACUUUAGUAAAGAAAAAAUUGUUUAGUGAAAGUCUAAGAUUUCUACAUAGAUUUGAACUUGAAAAGCAAAGGAAUUCAGUCCAGUGGUUUUCAUUGAGAACCCAGUGUAUUCUAGGCCUUUUUGUAGAUGUUGGGUCCGUAGAAUUGAAUCUAGAGUUUGCGUUCUUAAGGAAUGCUGUUUUUUUUUUUCCAGUACAAAGCCUACCCAAGUGAAAAGAAUGAUUCAUUCUGAGAGUGAGGGAAUUAAAGAAAGCUUUAUGGAGAAUUAUCCUUAGAACUAAACAUAGUUGAAGGCAGAGAAGUUCCAUAAAGUUGGGACUAUCUGAGGGACCAUGAAAAACAUCAUGUAUUUGGGGGCAUGCAGUGGGAGGUGAGACUAGAGGAGCCUAAGGGAAGGGUCCUGGAUCAUCCCACUGAGGAGCAGGGAUUUAUCUAUGGGCCUCAGAGUGUACACGGGGGUCAUUCAGAUUUAUACUCUAGAAAGACCUCGCCAGGUCUUUGCAGGAUAGCUAAUAAAAGGGAGGCCACGCUGGAUCAGAGAGGCUAAUUCCUGGUCUGCUUCAACAGUGGGGAAGGGCCAGGCACGGUGACUCACACCUGUAAUCCCAGCAUUUUGGGAGGCCGAGGUGGGUGGAUCACCUGAGGUUGGGAGUUCAAGACCAGCCUGACCAAGGUGGAGAAACCACAUCUCCACUAAAAAUGUGAAACUAGCUGGGCGUGAUGGCGCACGCUUGUCAUCCCAGUUACUUGGGAGGCUGAGGCAGUAGAAUUGCUUGAACCUGGGAGGCAGAGGUUGCGGUGAGCCGAGAUCAUGCCAUUGCACUCAACCUUGGGCACCAAGAGCAAAACUCUGUUUCAAAAAAGAGUAGGGAAGAGAGGCGCAGGCCUGGACCAGGGGCUGACCCACACCCCUGGGACUACUUCGUAGCACUCAUCCUUGGCUGGCGUCCCUACUUCAGUGCAGUCUGCCUGCUCUGUACUCUUUCCUACUCAUUGUGUUUACAGAACAAAUUAUAAAUUUUUAAGUUCUGUCCUUAUGAAGUCGGAAAGUAUUGUGUGCCAGAACUUUUCAGAAAGAUUUUCAAUAGCAGCAUUUAAAAAUUAAAUUAUUCAAAAAAUUUCAUAAAGUAAUGGUAAUUAACUGGGAGUGUGCAUCAAAACUAUGAAGUUUUUGUUGCAAAAUUUGAAACAUACAAAAUUUAAACAGUACAGAGAGUAUCAUAUUAAACACUCAUGUUUAAACUACCUGGAAAUGAUCAUUUUCAUUAUAUGUUUAAGUUUUCUUAAAAUGAAAAAUCAAGGGGCAAACAUUAUUCUGCACUUUUUCCUCUAUCCACCCUCCUUCUUCAACCAAAAUUAAUCUCCCUUUCUUUCCUUCCAUCCAUUGUCUUUCCUUGCCAUUUAUUUCCCUUAGAAAAUCAAAUCUAGUGAAAACUCUCUCUUCCUUUUGCUUCUAGAUUUGUGUCCAUUGUCUCCCUCCCUCCCUCCCUCCCUUCCUUCCGUCUCGCUCUGUCAUCCAGGCUGGAGUGCAGUAGCACCAUCUGGCUCACUGCAACCUCUGCCUCUCAGGUUCAAGCUAUUAUUGUCCAGCCCCAGCUUCCCAAGUAGCUUGGGUUACAGGUGCCCGCCACAACACCCAGCAAAUUUUUGUAUUUUUAGUAGAGAUGGGGUUUCACCAUGUUGGCCAGGCUGGUCCCAAAAUCCUGAUUUCAAGUGACCUGCCUGCCUCAGGCUCCCAAAAUUCUGGAAUUACAGAUGUGAGCCACCAUGCCCGGCUGAUUUUUGCCACGUUAUCUACCAUGAUUAUGUGCAGUAGCCAUUGGCACCAACAUGAGACAUUUCCUUUGGAAUUUUUAGCCGCUUAAGUUAAGAUAGACUUGGCCAACAAUUUGAUGACCUUGGAUAUAGACCAUGACUAUAAGAGAGAUACAAGGGCAAGGAAAUAAAGGGGAUGGUUGAACUAGUAAGGGAGUAAUGCAAGGAGACAGUGAACCAAGAGCAGAGAACCUGGAAGAAUAGAGAGAAAGCACCAGUAGAUUGCAGCUGAGAUUCAAGUGCCCAGUAUGAUGGAGAAGAGAAAUAAAAGGAAUUUGUGGCCAGAGCAUAAUAAUUUUGGAAAUUAAAUACAUACAUUAAGAGUUGUGGGGAUUUUUUUUUUCUUCCCCCACUGGGUUGGAGCAUCAUUAAAAUGUCUAGGACAGAAGCUAGAGUACUAACUGCAGGCCUAGAAGAGAACUUAGCUUUGGAGGAGUUGUUUCUCAGUGAUGGGAGUGCCAUGUGUUUUGCCCCUGCUGAGACAACACCUGUUUGACCCACUGCUCUCAAGGGGGGUUAGGUGUUAUAGGUGGCCCACAGCCUGUAGCUGGGCCUGAGUCUGCUUCUAAAGUAGAAGAUGCAUCCAUGCAGUUGCAGUGUGAAAGAUGGUUCUAGGACUGUGGAAUAUCCAUUUAAGAAUACCAAGGAUGCUGAGUUAGAGGUCUCUCUUGGACCUUUCUCAGCUGCAGCAACAGCAAUGUCACCAACAGCAGCUUUACCUGUUUUCUUCUAUUCACCCUUUCCCUAGUUUAGCCUGUACUGGUAUCUCCAGUGGAGUAGUGAGAAGCAGAAGCAUGUCUGAGGAUUAGCUCACAGCAUUAGAAAUUAUUCUCUACUUCGAAUUGUUUCACUCACCAUUAAUUCAUCAAAAAGUCAUUAAGUGUUUUUUUAAGCUCCAGGGAUUUAUUAUCCCAGCAUGUAGAAAGAAUGCAGAAGCAUUCUCCAUGUGUUAAGCAGUCUUUUCUUUCCUACUUAGAGUUUCUUUGUAGAGUUCCAUGCCUGAGUCGCUUUCUCUGAAUGUUCAGUUGCCCCAAGAAGUUGUUCAGACCCUGCUCAGAGUCCUCCUUUCCGCACUAGCAGCAAAAAAGGCAAUCUUUUCUUGCUGGUUUCAGAAGCUUGUGGCAGCCACGGCCAAGGUCAGGGAAACACCACACUGUGGACCGUCUCCAUCUUCCCAUGUAGUUGGGCCAGGCCAUCUCUGAUUCACUUCUUGAGUGUGUGUGGGUGAGGGUAUGUCUCAGGGCAAAACUAAGAGGAAGAAAGGAAGUCUUCACUGUGCCCUCCCCUCAGCAGGAAUACAUCUUAGGCAAUAGAUGUAUUCAUAUCAGGCUCUGGAUGUGUACUGAAGAGAAACCUGACUUGUUGAUGUUGCAUCAUCCCAGUAGGGCAGAAAAAGACCUGAGCCUCUCUGAUUAUGUCCAGCCGCUGGUGACUAAUUUAUGAGAUACAUGUGCUCCCCCAGGGCCAUUUUCUUCAUUCUCACCCUGGUGGCCUUUGUGAUUUGAUUUCUGAACAGGCCAUUCUUUCCAAUCUUCUGUUCUUUCCAAUAAGCAGAGAGCUUAAAUCUCAAAUUGUUGAUUUAAUUCUUUUGAGUUCAAGAACUUCACCAGGGCAUUGCUGAAGUCCGUACUGCUGAAUCAUGUUUGUAUCAUCACUGAUUCCAUCCAGGAAUGGGCCUGUCCACAGGAAAGAUAGGCAUGUUUCACUUCACUCUGUGAAGUGUGGGGCCGUGUGAGGCCUCCUGAGCCACUCUGCUCCUUCAAGACUUGGCUGUUAGCAGUGCAGGAGUCAAGGAAAGCCUGAGCAACAACCUCCUCUGUCUGUGUCUGCUCCAAGACACUUGGCCGUGUCAUGGGAUUUGGGAAAUGAUACAGUCUUUCCUGGAGUUUCCCGUUCUCAAUUUCUGAGGCUUCAAUUAGAACCACUCACCAACAGUGUGGUGAUGGAGAACUUAAUGUUGGUAGCCAGAGCACUGAAUAUGUAGAUAAACAAAGAUAAUUCUGUGUGAACUGAGCCAGGUCUGGAUUUUGUUUUUAAGGGCAAGAGAAACAGCCUCAUCAUUCUAUAUUUUUAUCUCUCCGUAGAGAAAUCCCAUUGUCAGUCGGCCUCCAACUUAGAUAAUGCCAUAGAAUGAUAUUGAUCCCGAGGAUUAUCUAGUGAGGACCAGAGCUCCUGAGCAUUUCAGGUCCCAUGCAGGAUCCAGCCUGGAAAGCCAGUCAGUCACCUGGGCCCUGUAGACUGCAAGCUCACCCAGGGGCAAGGCUGCAAGCAUGGUACUGAGUACUUGAAGCAGUACCGAAUGGCGGGAGUGUUUUUUGUCCUCAAUUUAUGAAUUUGGAAGCAGAGGCUCAGAAUAGCUAACUGACUUCUUUAGAGUUACAAGUCUGCAGUUGAUCCAGGGAUAUCUGGUGCCAAAAGCCAAGCUCUUUGUAGGAUGCCUUGCUGCCUUCCCAAAGAGUCCAGGAUGAGGUUCGUUUUCCUGACUUGGGAUGCCUUGCAUUUGCCUCCCUCCACUGAGCCCUCUUCAUUGUGUCUGUGUAUUUGAAGGAAACAGAAGAUAAACAAUGGGAGCUAGAACUCACUCUGGAGCUUAACUUGAGCCUGGAGGCAGUUUGGGUUCCUCUGGUCCCUUGCUGUCACCUCCCAGAGAAAAAGGGACUAAGGUCAGAAUGGUGCAUUCUCCUGGAUACCAGGAUCCAGCAGGAAGCUGUCUUAAAUCCCAGGCUUCCUGGGAGAGAGUCCUGAGGCAUACCUAUGAGUCUGCUCAGCCAUCAUCCUCAUCUACAAUCCUUUAUGAUGUGAACCCCUACAUCAGAGUUAAAGGAAAUGCUGUUGACAAUUAUAAAAUGCUAAAUACAGCUCAGUACCUUUAAAAAUGAACAGUGGUAAAAGCCUUGAAAAUUUUUCCUUGGAUGUGAAUGGAGUCUUUGGCAUUUGGAAAUACAGUAAGAUGAAUUAAUUGCCACUCAUUAGGUAGCAAGUCAGGAGAGGCAUGAGUACGCCUUGUCUCCUCUGCAUUAGCUGUUACCUGACCGAAAUAGCCUCCUUCUGUAUUUACUCCUGGUUUUUCUAAUGAUAAGCAAAUUAGAGAUCAUAGCUAGAGAAAAAAAACAAGUGCCUCCAACCUUUCUCCAAGACCAUCUUAUAGUUCUGUGAUAUUUAUCUGCUCAAGGGGUAUGGCUAAUAAUUGCAGAGGUCAUGUGAAUCCACAUAGUAGUGCAAGAUUAGAAACAACAUCUGCAAAAUUACUUCUUAGGAAAAGUAUUUUGUGUUUUGUCCUUUUCCAAAAAAGUGAUUUUGCAAGCAGAUUGCUGUCUUUCCUGCCUUGCAGUAUGUUAUAUUGCUGGUUAAAGCAUAUUUGGAGAAAAACCAUUUACUAUCAAGAGGUUUUGAAUCCAUGGUUGUUUUUUGACUUUAUCAUUUUUUCUAAUGUAUUUGAUGGACUUCUGUAUGAAUAAAUCAGAUUGGAAUCCUAUCUUUAAAUUCUGAAAUGAUGGCCCAUGAGUAAACUGUUUGAAUGUACUGAUUAUGCUGUACAUUAAAAUUCUAUAUAUGGCAACUAUCAUAUAUUGUAUAUGCAAGCAUGUAACCUUUUUAUAUUAUCUUUAAAAUUUGUUCAUGGUAAUGCCUAUAGAGUAUGAGGUAAUUGAUUUUGUAGAAUAAUCAAAAGCUGGGAAGCAGAUGGAGGACUGGGGAAUAAGCCUCCUCUAAUAUCCACACUGAUCCAUGAGAUGUCCUCGAGUUUUAAAAGCACACCACUCCAGCCAUGUGCGUUUGUGAUACUGUUGCCUUCCUGUCAUGUAUAUUACAUGUAGACAUUUUCCAAACAUUGUGUCCAUUUCAAUCAUAAAAAGGAGGCAGUCAGUAGAACAGAGAGCUAUAGCAGCGGUAGCCUUGUUCUGCUUCAUGAAAUAUGAAAGCCUGUUUUUACUUAGGAAUAAUAACAAUUUGUAAGGCUUCAGGUCGAGGAGUUUAUGCAUGACACAGACUGCUGGACCAUGUAGCAGAGGCAGCAAGACCAUUGAGUGUGGUGUGCUGGAAAUUGGAUAAUGACAAAAGUAGGGUAGAUGAUGUGGCAAGCAUCCCGAGUCGCAGGUCAGUUGGACCAUUUGUUCUUAGAACCCAUCCUCUUCCACAUGAAAAUUCCGUAGACCCAUGGUUCCUGCUGCAUGAGUGUUCUCUUCAUUGCAGGUCAUGGGCUUGGGUUGGGGUUCAGUUGGAAAGGAGCGAUUUCUCUUUUCUUUCCCUACUCCCCAAACAUUUGACUUUUAUGACCUCAUUCUUUGUAAUCUUAAGAAUAGAAGGAUGGAAAGUCAGUAAUAAGGAGUCAGUGUGAACUUGUCCAAGCUUUUUUCUAGGAUGCAUUUUUCUUAUUCUUGCUCAUGUGCACACAUACACACUCAGAAUAUGUCUUGUAGCCUAAGACUUCAUAGAGCAUAAUUCAGUAUUAAUGGUUUUUCAAGAUAAAACAAUGUGGUCAUCCUUUGUAAAUUUCAUCCAUAUCUCAGAAAUGGUGGUGUGAAAACAUCUUAAAAUUAGUGUGGUAUACAAGUGUAGCAUAUGUUUUUCAAUUUACUUAUCUUGAUUUGUUUGGAUAGAUGAGCCUCCUCCCCUUUAGAGUGGAGAUGAGUAAUGAGGACAGAGUCGAAUGCUUUUAAGUCCAGGAUAUUAGACCAGAGUGACAGAAACAGUUCACUUGGGUCUGACACUUAGAGCUAUUUUUUCAAAGCCAGGCUGGUAUCACUGGGCUAAAAAUGACAAUUUAGAUAGAGAUCCUUCCAUUGAAAUCUCUUAGCUUGGCGUCUUUCCGAAUUCCCAUUUCAGGAUAAGUGGGUCUUCAGUCAGGCCCUUGGUUCUGAUUUCAAGAUAUCCCUGGUGGUGCGUAUUAUUUCCAGGGUUGCUUUAGAUUUUUAAACAAAACAUUUUAAUCCUUUUAAUUUUCAAUAUAUUUUAGAUAAAGGGGGAGAUGUCAUAAAAAUUAAAUGAGUAGUCCGAUUAGCUCGACCACAAAAGGCAGGGAAUCACUGGUAUAGAUGUUUUAGUCCAUUAGCAGAAAAUUGCCUAUUCUCAAAUAGGUAGGUCAAGUGCAGAAAGAACCUCUCUACUUGAGAUAAAAUUUCCUUUCCACACUUUGCCUUCUGUCUACUAGGUCAGGCAGCCAAGAGCUGCCCAAAUUUUAGCAUCCUGACUUCUUGCUAGUGAUUUCCUUGACUAUAUGCAUAAAAAAGUAUUUGGUUAUAAUGGAAUUUACCCUCAUAGCUACAGAGACCUUUAAAACCAGAAAUACAUUAGAUGAUAAUGUGCAACUUUUUAUUUUGUAAGUAAAGAAAAUUAGAAGUUAUUAAAUGACUUGCUCCACAUAAUGCAGCUCGUUAAUGUUGGGCAGCAGCAGGUUUGGAGCCCGGUCUCCUGACACCCCAGUGGGUUCACCUUUUACAGUCUUGGAGCAAGUUGCUGCGAUAAAAACAAUUGGUUUUCUCUCCUGCGCUUGAACUCCUGUUUUCACUUGGGUACCUGGUGAAAUGCUGGGUAAUGAGACAGUCAAAAAUCUUACUUGGUGUAACAGAAGAAAAAGAUCACGUUCUGAAGCUGUGUGACAUAAACAACAAAGAUAGGUAACUUUUUUUCUUUUCCACACUGGCUAAUUUCCCUGAUUCAAAAAAGAGUAUCAAACUUGUAUGAAGAUUUCAAAUGAUUUCUAAUAAACCUCAGGUUUAUUGCAAGCAACUCAAUAAAGCGGGAUGUAGAGAUGCAGGGAACUCAUUUCCAUUUGGACCUGGACUUAAAAUUCAUGAGUUGCCCCACCCAAGUGUGCACAAACGGAGUCUGUGUUUGGGCAAGCAGAACCGUCUCUGUCAGCAGCAUUUCAACGUGGAACUCUUCAGGUCCCUGAGAGGCUCCACGAUGUUCUGGCAUGGAGCCAAACCCACAGGUUCUUUUGUAGUUACUGCUCAGAUGUGUCAGGCAGGCAGGUAAGAUGUCUAUACUGCCAUUUUAUAACCCCCUUGACUGGGCCCCAGAGAAGUUAUAAGGCUUAUUCUGUGCUGAGGAAGGCACCUGUGGUCAUACCUGUGCCAUUAUCUCAGUUUCACAAAUCUGUCUUGAGAGCGUUUGUAACCCCUCAUUAGGGGUUAAGUGGCUUCGGGGCUGAAGUCCAGAGUGACUGGACAAAGAGAAACCCAUGGACUUGUAUUGAUGUCAGGGUGUUCUUGACGGGGAAUGGAGUAGGUGUGACUGGGGCCGUGGUUUCUAUUCAUGGGCUACCCUCUGAGGGGAUGGACCAGAGGGGAGCAGUGAAACCACGGAAUAGCCAACAGUAUUGCCUGGCCCUGAGAUCUGCAUGUAUGGGCUCAGUUUGUCAGUUUAUCAUAAAAUCCCAUCCGCUUCAAGAUUUGUCUUUUUUCAGGCAUCCUCAGUAUCUGAAAUGUUUCAAAUCUUUUAAAAAAAUUAGCUUAGGAAGCUAGCUUUAGGUUAGAGCAUUUGACACAUUAGCAGAUGGAGCCUCAACCCCAAGAAUGUCAUCUGAGGAGAAGGAGAUAGCAGCAAAAAAGAUCACUCUGAGUCACCCUGGCCUUUCUGUUGAGGCCCAGGAUUUCUGCCAAUUCCGGGGUCCUUAGAGUGUCACUUGGCCACGGCAGGUGUCAUUACAGAUGUUCAUAAUGACCCUGAGCAUUCAUGAAAAGCUGUUGUUUGAGGCUCCUUAGUUUUUCAGUCAGCCAGAGUCCUGUAUAAGACACAAAAAUUAAUGUGGCUGGGUGUGGUGGCUCACGCCUGUAAUCCCAGCACUUUGGGAAGCCGAGGCAGGUGGAUCACCUGAGGUCAAGAGUUCAAGACCAGCCUGACCAACAUAGAGAAACCCUGUCUCUACUAAAAAUACAAAAUUAGCUGGGCAUGGUGGCACAUGCCUGUAAUCUCAGCUACUCGGGAGGCUGAGGCAGGAAAAUUGCUUGAGCCGGGAAGCAGAGGUUGCAAUGAGCCCAGAUUACACCACUGUGCUCCAGCCUGGGCAACAAGAACAAAACUCCAUCUCAAAAAAAAAAAAAAAAAAAAGCAAGUGUUAGGCUUAUUUUUCCUUUCUCUCUUCCCCUCCCUUAUCCUAUUCCCUUUCCUUUUUCUCUCCUUCCCUUGCUUCCUUUCUUUUUUCUUUUCUUUCUGAUGGAGUUUUGCACUGUUGCCCAAGUUUGAGUGCAGUAGCUUGAUGAACACAGCUCAUUGCAGCCUUGAUCUUCCAAGUUCAAACAGUUCUCCCACCUCAGCCUCUUGAAUAGCCAGAAGUACAGAAGUACACCACCACUCCCAGCUAAUUUUAUUUUUUGUAGAGAUAGGGUCUCUGUAGCCCAGUCUGGUCUUAAAUUCCUAGGUUCAAGUGAUCCCCCUACCUCAGUCUCCCAAAGUGCUGGCAUUACAGGUGUGAGCCACCAUGCCUUCCCCUUCCCUUUCCCCUUCCCCUUCCCCUUCCCCUUCCCCUUCCCCUUCCCCUUCUCCUUCCCCUGUGCUUUUUCAAAGGUUAAUGUAAGCUUUUUGGAAAUUCACUUGGUGUGCCUGGCAGUUAUAGGGCAAAGUUGUGUCUACACCUUGGGAACACCUAACAGAGCUUUCUUAGAAGCCUCUAGUAGUUGUUUGUUGGCUUUGAUUUUUUUUAAAACCCUUUUGGCCUUGCCUUUGACACCUUGAUGUAUUUUUCAUCACGUUAGGUUGUAUCAGUAAGCAUUGAAGCACCCUUUCUGCUGGUACUUGGUGUCUUAGCCUGAAGCUCCCUUUGACAUUCCCUGGAGGUGGAAAGCACUCUUUUUAUUUUGGUGUCACCAUUUUGUUUCUCCUUUGAUGGUAUCUGGGCAUGGUGGAGUAUAGACCCUCUACUGGCACACAGGAGUGUUUACAUGCCUACAAAGCUUAAAGCCCUGCCCCUGCCUCACAACAGGAGGGUGACCAUUUCUCCAUCUGUCCCGGGGAAGCCACAGAACCAGUGUAAAGGAGUUGGAGUAAUUUUUGAUUAUUGCUGUUAUUGGAUGCACUUCCUGAUCAUUGCCUUUCGAGAUAGCCAUCUGAAUCACCGAUUCUUCUAAAAUGUGAGAAAGGCCCCCAACCCUAUGCUUUUUAUUGUUCCCAAGUAUUAUAUGUUUGUGUACAUAUAUAUAUAUAUUUUUUAAACCAAAGAAUAAAAAAAAAUUCCUUUGUAUGCAAUUCUUUUAACAAAUUGUUUAUUAUUGUAUUCAGGUAACAAGCAUGGAUCAGACUGCAAAGGAUAAGGCCCUGCAGCACAUGGCGGCCAUGUCCUCAGCCCAAAUCGUUUCGGCCACUGCCAUUCACAACAAGCUGGGGCUGCCUGGGAUUCCACGCCCGACCUUCCCAGGGGCGCCGGGGUUCUGGCCAGGAAUGAUACAAACAGGGCAGCCAGGAUCCUCACAAGACGUCAAGCCUUUUGUGCAGCAGGCCUACCCCAUCCAGCCAGCGGUCACAGCCCCCAUUCCAGGUUUUGAGCCUGCAUCAGCCCCAGCUCCCUCGGUCCCUGCCUGGCAAGGUCGCUCCAUUGGCACAACCAAGCUUCGCCUGGUGGAAUUUUCAGCUUUUCUUGAACAGCAACGAGACCCAGACUCGUACAACAAACACCUCUUCGUGCACAUUGGGCAUGCCAACCAUUCUUACAGUGACCCAUUGCUUGAAUCAGUGGACAUUCGUCAGAUUUAUGACAAAUUUCCUGAAAAGAAAGGUGGCUUAAAGGAACUGUUUGGAAAGGGCCCUCAAAAUGCCUUCUUCCUCGUAAAAUUCUGGGCUGAUUUAAACUGCAAUAUUCAAGAUGAUGCUGGGGCUUUUUAUGGUGUAACCAGUCAGUACGAGAGUUCUGAAAAUAUGACAGUCACCUGUUCCACCAAAGUUUGCUCCUUUGGGAAGCAAGUAGUAGAAAAAGUAGAGACGGAGUAUGCAAGGUUUGAGAAUGGCCGAUUUGUAUACCGAAUAAACCGCUCCCCAAUGUGUGAAUAUAUGAUCAACUUCAUCCACAAGCUCAAACACUUGCCAGAGAAAUAUAUGAUGAACAGUGUUUUGGAAAACUUCACAAUUUUAUUGGUGGUAACAAACAGGGAUACGCAAGAAACUCUCCUCUGCAUGGCCUGUGUGUUUGAAGUUUCAAAUAGUGAACACGGAGCACAACAUCAUAUUUACAGGCUUGUAAAGGACUGAACAUGGUUAUUUAUAUAUAUAGAUAUCUGUAUAUACACACACACAUAUGUGCACAUACACACUCUCUCCAUUAUCAAACGACUGACUGUAAACCUCACCACACAGGGUGGUGCCCUGGCCCCGAGGUCACCCCAACUUUUCUAAAUCCUGUUUGAGUGAAGUCAUUUUUUCAUGUGUUCAUACUAUCAUUGUAGCUGUGAAGUUCUGGUACAGUUGUAAAAAGAGAAAUUGAGUUGUUUCUGUAUGUUCUUCAAAUGUGCAGCCCACAAUUCCUCGGGAAAGGUGAACCUGAACAACCCAAGUCUCUCUCUGCAGAGCCCUGUUUCUAAUUGUGGUAGAAAAUAUUGAGACAGAGCAUUUGCCAUGGGACAUUUACAGCCUUUAUACAAAUGUAUUUAGUUCUCUUUUUUCCAACGUAAAAUUCUUGUUUUAAGAUACAAGUAAAAUUAAUCUUUAAAUAUAAAUGUAAAUUAGUACACAAAACUAAGAAUCUUUAGACUUAUCUUUGUAACUAAUUAGGGUGGAAGUUAUGAAAGAAUGUAAUUCACUAAAUUAUUUUUUAAAUGAAACCUUUUUUUUUUCUUUUUGAAACCAAAUGUUAAACUUAUAGCCUUAAGAAACGCUUGGUAGAAGUGUCCUAAUGAGACAAAUUUGUACUUUUUUCCUCAAGGUUAACACUAAUCUCCUAAUCCAUUAAACUCUUGAACAGGUAUUACAAAGGAAGAAAACUUCACCCCUUACCCUUAACAUAUAUAGUAUAUUUAAAAAUAUAAAAUUGUAUUGUACUAAUGUGAUUAUUUAAUGAAAAAGAAAAGAUGGCUCUUUUUGCAAUAAGUAGAUACAUACUGAAAAAAAUCUAAACUUACAAUGUUUAUAGUCUUGUGUGUGCAGUUAUAUUUUAUAUGGACAACCAAAUUUUUUAUUACGCUGAGUAAAUAUUUGAACCACUGAAUUUUAAUAACAAAAUUUUUAAAUUGGCAUGAAUACUGCACUUUGAGAUGCAAAGUAUAGAGAAUUCUGUGGCUAGGAAAAAAUUUAAUCAAACAGACAAGUAAAAGGCUCAUCAGUUUUAGCAUCUCUGCUCUGCAGAAAACUGUAAGCAUCCUCACUAGCCUGUGGAUACAUUCUUUAUUUCUAGUGACCCAAUAUGCAUAUUAACCUGCUGUAACUAGAGGUCUGUGUGUGUGUAUCUGUAUACAUAUACACACAUGCAUAUAUAGUUCUAUUCAACACAUUUAGUGAACACUUAUUUAGUGUCACUCAGUUGCUAGGUGCUGAUAUGUAUGUAUUUCUCAGUCUGUGUCUGUAGACUUAGAUACAUCCUCUCUAAGAACAUUCAUUUCCUUAGCAUCUCUCAGUAAGUUACAGUUCUUGUUUGACUUAGGUUUAAGAGGCCCAGCUACCUAUCUCUGAUUUUUUCAAAUAAUAGGCUCAUUUGGGAGAUUCUCUUGCCAGAAGAGAUUCAACUUUCCAAUCUAAGUAUUCCAGAGCAUUGCCCAGACAGAGUUGGUUAGAUGUGGCCUGGAUGUUUUGAGUUAUUUCCAUAAGUGUUUCACUGGGGAGAGAACAGGGAGAAACGUGUGUCCACGUUUCUUCCUGUUUCAAAACUUCUGUUUCACAACAAUUUCUCUCUCUCUCCCUACAAGUACUCUUUCCCUCCAACUUCCCAAAGAAAAGGUUUUUAUAAGUGAUAGGAAUAUAUGAACCAAAUAGAACAUGAAAUAAGUUUCGUAGUUUCUAAAACAUGUCAAGAUUUUUCCACCAAGCUAGAAAAUAAAAAAACUUAGUUCUGCCGCCACCAAGUAACUUACAUGCCCCCUUCCCUGUCUCAACACCUGCUUUGACCCUGCUUGUAUUAAUACAUCAGUCAACAUCUUGUGGUCCUGAGCAAGAUGUUCACCUGGCUCAUGGGAAACACCAAAACACUGACUAAGCCUGACCUCUCCCAAAUGCAUCCCUGGUCAUUGGGAAGACCAGAAGAGAAAGUGCAAAACUGUCCCCAUUUGGAAUGCCCGUUCUUCUAUAACCCAAUUGGACAGUGCUUCUCUGCCCGUCAUAAAGAGACUACUAUUGGUUCUCUGAUUCCAGGCUGCCCUGUGAAGGACUGCCCCAGUUGUCCCCUUUCACAGUCAUCACAUUUACAAUGACUUGUUAAACACCCCUCUUAGGGAUGUUUCUUUUGCUCUUAUUUCCUACAUCUUUCCUUAGGGGAAGCCCCAUCCUCUCCCAGGAGCAGGAGUAUAUGACCGGGCAAAUACAAAUGGCUAAAAGCCAAGCCAUCCUAGAACUUCAGUGGGAGAGAUAACUGGUUCAUAUUCUAUUCAGGAAUAGGACUUUUCAGUGCAGCCAGACAGGCUCUUGGGAUUUACUUUUCAAAGCACAAAAAUAUUGGGACCCAAGAAGACCAGCUAGAGGACAACUCAGUUGGUGCAGAGAUGGACACAGCCCAUUUGCUGACCUCACAGGGUCAGCUGGGUGCCCUGGCGCUUUACCACCUGUAUCCUCUUGCUCAGAAUGCCUUUGCAGUUGAGUUUUCUGGGUUUCUAUGAUUGACCUUGAAGUUUUCCUCCUUGCUCUUACAACAUCAAAAGAUUUUUAAAAGUUUAUUUCUUAUCUUGUUCUUCUAAAGCUUCCUCCAGGACAGAUAUUUUCCCUGUCUUAACCACUGGUCCAUCAUCCCAGUGGGCUUCUCUUUGUCUCUCUCUCUCAGAUUAGACCCUUGGGUGAGAUUGGCAUCACAACAUCCAAUCGGAGUCUGUCUUUUGUCCUUCAUUCUGUACGGCAGUCUCCCUUUGUUAUAAAAGCUUUUUAAAGCAUACUAAAGAAGCCUUCCCAGAGUCCUCACUACUCCUCCAGGUGCUCUACCUCCUCGAGACCCUCUGGUGCCAGGCUUGCUUCACGGCCAUCUUGCGCUUUCACUGCAGCGUGGGGGCCAGUUUUCCACAGCCUAAAUGGGGGAGCUGUCAAAUGGGACUCUGGUCUGUGGGCAUUCAUUUGCCUCCUAGAGGCUGAGAAUAAAACCAGGGCUUCUUCACACAUGUCCCGGAACUCCAGCAUGUCCAAGGUUUCUCAACCUUGACACCACUGACAUUGUGGACUGGCUAAUUCUUUGUUCUGCAGAGCUGUCCUGCGCAUUAUGGGAGAUUUACUAAUAUCCCUGGCUUCUACCCAGUAGUACCACUAGCACCGCUUCCCCCAGGUUUCAUAACCCAGCAUGUCUCCCGACAUUGCCAAAUAUCCCAUCAGGUACAAAAUGAUCCCCAGUCGAGACCUCUUGCCCAAGAUCUUACAGGUCACAAUGACCACAUUUGAAACUGUUUUCCUUUCAUUUUACCCCUGCAGCCAUCUCUCCCAGAGCCUUGUUUCAUGUCAUCAAGAGGCAGGUAGGACUAUUAAGUGACAUUGUGUCCACGUUUCUUCCUGUUUCAAAACUUCUGUUUCACAACAAUUUCUCUCUCCCUACAAGUACUCUUUCACUCAGCCCUGGGGAAGUUGGAAACAGCAGGUCACCCUCAUCUCUUUAAUCAACUCACACCUGUUUAAAGAGUGUUUCUGAUUUCAGCUUCAUUCCUUAGUUUACUGGGGUUAAAAAAAAAGCCUCAGCAAUUUCCUUAUUUCUCAUGGGUCUCAUUAUCAAACCUUUACUUAUUUCAACAUAUUUCCUCUGGGUUUCUUCUAGUUUCUUCCUUAAAAUCAUUGCUGUUUUGUAAAUGUAUUAAACCUCUGGAACAUUUCACCUUUAGAGGUGGAGGAUGGAGGGAUUCACACCAGAUGAGGGCUUAGGGAACUUUUCUCUCUGGAGCUGAAAGAGAGCACAGUCUACUUUCCUUCUUCGUUUUGUCGAUGAGAAAGUUGAGAGCCAGAGGGGAGGUGACAUGUCCAGAGUCACCCAGCUGGUUAGUAACAGAAAAAGGGUGACACUUGGCUGGGGUUCCUGCCACUUUGAUCCUUGGCCUCUCUUGGGGGAGGCUGCUAUUCUUUGGUGCUCUAAGCUUAAACAAUCCCUCAGAAUGUGUGGGCAGGUCAGCUUAGGAGAGACAGGGAGAUUCAGGAUCCCCUGUGCCAGAGCACAGCUUCACCGAUGCUGCUUCCCGCGCCAAAUUGUCCUGUCCCACCAUUGCUAUCUGAGGCAUCCACAAACAGGCAGGAAAGCUGGUGAGCCAUUUUACUUCCUGAGGACAAUUCCCUAGCCACAGGCUCUGAGUCAAAUUUCUGUUUGGUAAGCAUCCUAGCAGCAAGGUCCUGCACUCAGACCAGCCAAAAAACAGCCCCCGUUCCAAGUACUUGGUGUCAAAAGUCCCCCAAUGACUUUUAAACCCAAGUCUUCUUAAGGUUUCAGUACUGUGGUGGCUUUAGCAGUUGUUUUUGUGCAACUAUAAAUUAUUUAAAUCAUAUGAGAUGACAGUCAACUUUACAAAUCAGGUACAUACUAAUUUGUGUAAUUUUGUGUAUGCGCUGGUACACUAUACCUGAACUAACAAAGGGUAGAACUAAUUCUGUUUGUCGGUGUUCACACCUGUGACAUUAGGAGGAUACGUCUGCAUUGCUUAUUUCUUUAUUAUGUUGAUGUUUCUGUGGCAAAGCCCUGCACAUGGCAUUUCUGAAAAGCCUUAAAUCUUCAAGAUGUUGCAUGUAGGGUAUGCAGUGCAAAAGGCUGCCUCGGAACUGCGAGCCCUUUUGUAAGCUGGAAGCAUUUCUCUUACUGUUACUUUUGUAGGAAGUUUUCAAUUCAGAGCUGCCAAAGCGUUCCCGUAAGCAGUGCCUUAGUAAUACCCUAGUCAUGCCGCCAGCCUUUUCUUACACUGAUUCCUAAUGUUCAUUUACUAAUUGGCCCAAUAUUGGAAACAAAACAAGCAAAAAUUGUCUUCAUUUUAUAUUUUUUAAGCCCAUUUUUUCUCCAGUUCUAUAGGAAACUGACUACUUGGUCUAAAAUCUGAAACGGGACACAAGUCAGUUCUUUCACCACAUUCUCAAAUGUAUAUACCAAAACAAAAUGUUGCAACUUCAUAGUUUACUAUGAAAAGCAAAUUGUACUUUUUAAUGUUGCCUUUUAAAUUCAUGACCAAAUACUUAGCUAUUUGUGAAUCUUCUGCACUCUAGCAUGAAAGUGCCUUUGGUUUGAGAUUCCAGCUUAGAAAAGUGCUGCCAUAAUAACGAUAAUUUGUAGAGAGACCAAAAAUAUUUUGAGAUCACCGUAAUGCCUUUGGUUUACCGGGAUGAGUAACCAACCACAGGCCUCUGUUCACAAGAGCACGAUGUGGUCCCCGCCUGCUGCUAGUCUGUCUGCCAGUGGGGACCCCCCACCAUCCAUAGCACACUGCAGCGGAAGGACCCCAGAAACUGUUGUGUUUGUGUGUGCCGAUGACCCAGUGUGUCAUUUCACCUUGUCACCCAGCCCUGCGUCCGGAUGAGGGGACUUCCGCACAAACGACAGAAUCUUGGCCGGUGGACAGAUAUUACAGCUUUCUCCUUCUCCUUGUUUCAUGUUCAGUCUCUGUGGAGACUUUCUUUUCCAUUCAAAUGACAGUGCGCACUUAUCUGGUUUACACAAUGAUACCAUUUUGAAAGUUGGAAGUCUCAAACUGAGACUACAGUGCAGAACAAAACAAAAAUGAGUUAGGGUUGUUACAAUUGAAGUGUUCUUAGGGCAAACAUUGACUCCAAGUAUCGUGUAUGAAUGUGCUACGAGAAACUUCCAAAGAGCACCAUUCACAAUUUGGCAUUUUCAAAGAAUGUUCCAGCCCCCGAAGGGACAACUCUUUAAAGGCUUUGUUGGCUUUUAUCCAAACCUUGUAGAAAUUGGGAAAACUGAUAGAGGUAAGGAAGAGGAGUGAAAAGGACAAGAAGGCCAAACACCAGCCAAAAAGCCAGGAACAAAAGAUUUUUCUUUGCUAAUAUAAAUGUAAAAAUAACAUUUAUAUUAGUGUUCGACUAAUAGUUGAACAUUAGUUGAACAUCUUUGAAAAUUAGCCUCUAAACUCCUAAUACAUAUGUUCUGUCUGUCUCUAGCUGGUGUCUUUAAGAAUAUCCUCUCUGGGCUCUGAAAUUUUAGGAAUGAUUCCUAGCCACUCCAAGUUGUGAGUAUUUAUAGAAAUUUGUGCAAACAAACAAAAACUAUCAAAUGAAAAUGUACUGAACCUAAGUUACAGUUAGCUGCUUGCUUCUCAACUCCUACCUGCCAGCACUAUACCACAGUGUGGAAGAAAUUAGUCAAAUGCCGUUUUCCCACUUCUCUUUUCAACUGUUACUGUGCUUUGACAAUAGUUUUCCCUCAUAAAGUCGUUGCUUAUAUCAUUAAGAAUGAAGGUUUGUGUUUAAAAUUUACUGCAUUGCAAAGGGUAGUUUCACUGAAGUCAUGCACCGUUAAAUAAGAUGAAACAUUUGUAUUUAUUGUCCUACUUCCUAUGCCUACGUAACUUCGUUUACUCUGUGAAUUUUCAUUGAGUCACUCACGUGCCACACUACAUCGUGUUAGUAGGAGAUGGCUUUUGUUUCCUCUUGCUCAUCAUUAAAUGGGGUCAGAUUCCAUUAGAUUCCACCCCUCUCAGGUUGACUCUUUUGUCUGCCUUCCAUGAUGAGAUGGUUUCUCCUUCCCCUUUCUCUAAGAGAGGCCGACAGAUCUAGGUGUUAAUCAAUUAGAAACCAGUCUCUGAUUUUUUUCAUUAGUCAUUUUCUGUCAUUAGUUUCACUGUGUAAAUUAGGUAUCAACUGCACUUCCUUCAUGAAACAAAAAACAUCUCCCUGUUACCUCCUUGAAAGAUUUACUUCUGUAGGCCUUUUUCAAUAGGCUCAUGACUGCAGACAAGGAAAAAAAAAAAAAAAGUAAAAACAAAAACAGUACGUGCCUGAAAAUGACAAAAAAAUUUUUGUAACAUUUAAGAAAGAAACCUGAAUAGCCUUUACUUCUUCAAUAAUACACUUAAAUUUUAUGUUAACUGGUUUUUGCCACGUGUGUUUGUUCACAUUCUAAAUGACUUAAUGGGAUUCUCUCAGUCUGUGUCUUCGUGUCACGUGUAUAAAAUGGGCUUGUGACGUAAGCAUUUCAUCUGGUCAGUGGUUCCUUUGAUAUUGUACUGCUGCUGGGAGUGGGCUGUGGAACCUGCCUUUGGGUUACUGGGUUCCUCUUGGGUAGAUUGAAGAGAUGGGGGUGGGCAUGGGCAAAUUCUCACACGUUUUCUUAACCUAUUUGCAGAAACUCUCAAAAGGCAUUUGAUUAAACCUCUUGGCAGUACAGUAUUCUUGUAUUUGUUAACGUCUGUGUUUAGGUACUGGUACCUUUUUGUUUUAAAAUGUUCUAAGUGUUGGCUUUAAAGUGAGUUUAUCUUUAGUAUGAUAGUUAUAUGAAAAUUAUAGGAUUUGUGUGCAGAGAAUUUUUUUAUAAAGUGCUUUGUAAAAAAAAAAUGUAUUCUAGCUUUUGCGGUACAUAUGUGUGAUAACUUUAAUAUCCAUGACAGUUAAGUGCAAUUAUUUCAUCACUCUAAAAAUGCUAUUUUUGUGUCAGUUCCUGCAGGUGUUUUCAUGUCUUUGCAAAGUGACACAUUUUGAUGCCUUCUUGAUAAAGUGGUAGACAUUUUGUAGCUUUCUAGAAACUUUGUAUUCAUACGGUAUCAAUGAAAAAUAAAGAAAAUGAAAGUGUGGGUCA